AUGGCUGCGUGGGUGGCCCUGCUGCUGGGGGUGCUGCUGGCGACCCACUGCCCCGGGGACGCAGCUCUCCUGGAAACCAAUGGCAACCUGAGCUGCCGCUGCCGUAAAACCACCACAUCCUAUCCCCCGGCAAAAUACAGCAGCAUCGAGGUCCGGCCCGUGGGGAGCAGCUGCCGGCGCCUCGAGGUGGUGAUUAAGCUAAAAUCCCAGGAUAGGGUCUGCGUGGAUCCUGACACCCCUUGGGUGAAGAAACUCUUGAAGGACCUCCCUCACCUGAGGAAGAAAGAGCAGCCCCGCUGA